AUGGAGGAGGACGAGCGGCGGUUGUCUUUCCCGCCGCCGGCGCCGCUCCACUCGCCCGGCGAGGAGAUCGACGGCUCGCGGCUGCUCGGCGAGAUCGUGCGCACGCUGGAGGCGACCAACCCGGAGGCGGCCGCGCCCCUAGCGGCGUCGCAGUCGCGCGACGGGCUGCGCGCCGAGUGCGGGCCGCCGCGCCGCGACGAGCUCCGCAUCCCGCUCGACGUGACGUUCGCCAGCGAGACGGUGGGCGGGCGCGACGAGCCGCGCGCGCUCGUCACGCCGUUCACGCGCGAGUCGGCGAAGCGCGCUGGCUCGCGGGGCGCCCAGCUGGUGCGCGAGUUCGGCUUCAUGCCCCGGCGCCGGCUCAGCGUCGAGGACGGCGCCCGCCUGCCGCGCAAGUACGAGCCCUUCCCGCCCAAGCUGUACGGCCGCCCGCUGGAGGAGAUCGACAACUUCAUCUACGAUGAGACUUUCUGCGUUGUCUCGAAGAGGUUCCGCAAGAACUACAUCCACCGGUUCACGGCCACCAGGUCUCUGUUCUGGUGGUCUCCGUGGUCGCCGGUGCGGCGCGCCUGCGUCUACCUCUCGACCAACCAGUACUUCGACUACUUCGUCAUGGCCACAAUUCUGCUCAACUGUGUCUUCCUCGCCAUGUCGGAGACGAUCGAAGAGGCCGAGUAUAUUUUUCUGGCGAUAUACACGGCGGAGAUGAUAAUUAAGUGUAUAGCCAAAGGUUUCAUCCUCAAUAAGUAUACGUAUCUACGGAACCCUUGGAACUGGCUGGAUUUUGUGGUCAUCACGUCGGGGUAUGCCACGAUAGGCAUGGAAGUCGGGAACCUGGCCGGCUUAAGGACCUUCAGGGUAUUAAGAGCGUUGAAGACUGUUUCUAUAAUGCCUGGCUUAAAGACUAUUAUCAACGCACUUCUGCACUCCUUCAAGCAACUGGCGGAGGUCAUGACCUUGACUAUCUUCUGCCUGAUGGUGUUCGCCUUGUUCGCUCUCCAGGUCUACAUGGGCGAAUUAAGGAAUAAAUGUGUGAGGAAUCUCGUUGUUAGACCUGGAGAAAACUUUACAGAUGAGCUGUGGUUACAGUGGAUUAGAGAACCGUCAAACUGGAUGGUGAACGAGGAAGAAGUGCCUAUCAUAUGUGGUAAUCUCACUGGGGCGAGGCACUGUCCUGCCGACUAUACCUGUCUAUGUGUGGGGCCAAAUCCCAACCACGGAUACACGAACUUUGACAACUUUCUCUGGUCUAUGCUCACCACCUUUCAACUUAUCACCCUGGAUUAUUGGGAGAACGUUUAUAAUAUGGUUUUGUCGUCUUGCGGCCCUAUGUCCGUCUCUUUCUUUACGGUUGUUGUCUUCUUCGGGUCCUUCUACCUUAUUAAUCUGAUGCUUGCCGUCGUAGCACUGAGCUACGAAGAGGAGUCGCAGAUUACACAAGAGGAACGCAAAAAGGAUCUGAAUGAGCACCGAGACGAUUCCACGUUCAGUUUCGACCCCACGUCCCUGGCCGUGCGGACCCUAGCCAAGGAUUCAAAGAAGCGGAUUGACGCUCGAAAGGGUCUUUUACUGGCCUCCUACUCCAGGAAAAGGACGAGGAGACGCAAAAGAGGCAAGAGCGCUAUCCAUCAUGUCGCGGCCGUCGCCGCGGUUUCCGAAAGAUCGAGGUCACGGUCAAGGUCAGUGACCCCUAGUGAAUCACCACCCCCGCCACCCGCGCCUCCGCCGCCACCACCACCACCGCCACACACGUUACACCCUGACAACGCUUUAGGUCGUGGGGCACUGAGCGUUGCUGGUCGACAGUUAAGCGACCACAGCAACAAUAGAGAGUCCUCACUCGACGACUCAGGCGUGGUCGACGACCACGACGACGGCGAGCACACAUCCGACGACCAAGCGCCGCAUCCGCACCCGCGGCGCCCCCUUCUACUGCCACCCCCACCCCCGCCACCACACCCCCCAACGCCCCUACCACAAAUCCCGCAAAUUCAACAGGAAAGUCAAACGCAAGAGACUAUUAAUAAAAAUACUUCCAAUACUGAGAAGCGUGCUGAAAAAACAAAAAAGAAAGAGACAAAAAAGGAUGAAAAGGGCACUGUUCAAGAGAAAUAUCCAUUAAAUCCUGAUUACUUGAAUCAAAUAGUGGUGCUAGGGGCGGACUGGCCAUACAAGCACGCGCCCGACCUCCCCCAAGCGGAGACGACGAAAAUUAAUGAGCUCAGUUUAUUGGCAGCCACGCACAAAUCUCAUAUGGGCAAUUACGAGCAAAAUUGCACUUACUUCACAGAUGAACUCGUCGACAGAAAUUGCGAAUGCUGUGUUCCUUGUUGCAUAGAUUACGAAGGUUGGCUGCACUUCCAGAACGUCUUAUAUGGAAUCGUGAAAGAUCCUUUGUUUGAACUAUUCAUUACCACUUGUAUAGUAUUAAAUACACUCUUUCUUGCUCUUGAACAUCACGGAAUGAGCGAAAAUGUUAGACAAGCUUUAGAUAUAGGAAACAAGGUUUUCACUUCAAUCUUUACGUUAGAGUGUAUUAUGAAGGUAAUGGCAAUGAGCAAAGAUUUUUUCUCUUGUGGUUGGAAUAUUUUUGACUUAAUCAUCGUGUCAGCAAGUCUUCUCGAUCUUAUAUUUGAACUUGUCGACGGAUUGUCUGUGUUACGUGGCCUCCGUUUGUUACGAGUGUUAAAACUAGCUCAAUCAUGGACAACAAUGAAAGUGUUAUUGAGUAUAAUAAUAUCGACGAUAGAACGGGCGAGCGGCGCAGAAAGCUGUUUCUUCAUAUUCUUACCAGCGCUUGUCAUGGGUAACUUUAUGGUGCUCAAUCUCUUCCUUGCCCUGUUACUGAACAGCUUUAAUAGCGAGGAGCUCAAAAACCGAAAAGAGGAAGUUGGCGAAGAUUCAAAAUUAGCAAAAAGUUUCGAUAGAAUACGUUCUAUAGUAAGAAAAAAAGGUUUUCUUAUAUCAAGGAGUAAAGAGACUGAAAAAAAAUCAAAAUUAGAGGAGUUAGUUAAUGAAUUUAUGUUACAUCAACGCGCCGUUAAAGAAAAAGCGUCUGCAACCAGCGAACAAAGAUACUCCUCAUCAGUGCAAGAAACUAUACUUUUUCCUCAUGAUAAUAUAUAUAGUCACAGUUAUCAAGAGGCUUUAAAUAGGCCAAUAUCGGUAGGCUCGGAUUUCGCUUAUCCUCAACUGUACCAAGCUGGAAAUAACUUGAAUCAUGGUAGUCAAGAAACUUUGAAGGACGUGCGCGACUUAGCAACAGAACAUAAAAUAACAAGCAUAAGAGAAGAUUCUAAAGAAAAUCUGGACGAAACCUCAUCAACAACGGACCAAGUAAUCGCUCAACGGCUACUGAACCAAUCCUCUUCGGGCUAUCACACCCAACCUUCUGAUUCUAAAGAUGAAAAUGAACAAUAUGAAAUGGCUCAAAUAUCUUGCCGUACAACACCAGACAAGUCUAGACUGCAAGGAAAAGAGUUACACGGCAUUUUAAGUUUCUGCAUGAUCUUUGUGAUAGAAAUGUUUUUGAAAUGGAUAGCACUGGGAUUCUUCAGAUACUUCACGAGCUUUUGGACGCUUUUAGAUUUCACCAUAGUUUUUGUUUCAGUGUUUAGUUUAUUAAUUGAAGAGAACGAAAAUCUCAAGGUGCUUAGAUCUUUGAGAACUUUACGAGCUUUAAGACCACUGCGGGCGAUAUCUCGGUGGCAAGGAAUGCGAAUAGUAGUAAACGCUUUGAUUUUUUUGGGGGGAAAUUUUUCAAAUGCGUCGAUGAUGAAGGAGAAUUGUUGCCAUUGGAGGUUG